AUGCGUUCGAUUCUGGCUUCGGCCCACCCGGGAUGUCUGAAAACACAGACGCACGACAGGUUUCCACCCGUGUCACUGGACAGGAUCCGCAGCGUCUGGGUGCCGCGCCCGACAGCCAGCGAGCCCCGGGACACGCGUGGACGUGAUCUCCGAACGUAUGAAGGUGUCCCUGCAGGAGGCGGCGGGCUGGGUCCCUGGGGAGCAGGCCCGUCGGGGAUGCGUUCCCCGUCCUCGCAGUCCGGGGCUCACUGCCCGGCCCCGUGGGCGGCGGCGAGGGGCUCCGACUUCUCUGCUUCCCUCCUCACCGGGCCUGGGAGCUUCGACGCCGCGCUGGCAGCUCCCUUUUUGCUGCGGCUUACAGCCAGCCCCCAGCCCCCUGAAGCCCAGGGCCCAGAACUGAAGCGAGCGCUCCCUGAGCACAGAGGACCACCUUCCUCCCAGGGUCCCACGGGCCUUGCUGGGGCUCCGACGCUCACCAUCCACCUGACCGGGUCUUCCCUUCACACCCCCGGCGACCACCCCGGCCCUGAGGAACAGUCCAGCUGCCAGGUCUGGACAAUGGCAAAGAGCAGCCAUGUGACCAGGAGGGCUGUGCCCUGGUACCAGAGUGAGGCCCUCUCCUGCAACAGAGAAACCUCUUUGAGAAAGUCAGUCCUCCCCUGGUUUGUCAUCCUGGGCCACGAGCUGCACUUGGCAUGGGGACCUCUCCCCACGCCCGUCCUGGGCUGCACGGCCCACUUCGUCUCCCCAGUGGCCCAGGAGGGCGAGACGAGGAAACCGAGGCACAGAGGAGUGAAGUCCCCGCAAGGGACAGACUCCGGGACAGAAUGGGAAGAAGGGUCCCUCGGGAACCCGCUUCUCACCCAAGCAGACAACGAUGACCAGGGACCCCACGGCCACGUCCAAGGCACGUGGUUACUGUCUGCUGUGCAUUUCGAGAGCACGAGCCGCUCCAGACCCGGUACGAGGCACCGCAAAAUGUACGAGGCCUCACCUAAGGCCCACGACCUGAAGGCGGAGCCCCGAGGCUGCUUCGUAUCUGCAGACACGGCCGGCAGGUACACGCCAGCUGUCUGGGCAGCCACUGGGCCGCAACGUCCGCCCGUCACCGUGGGCGGCCACCAGCUGGGAGGUCCAGCUCUGUGCCGAGGUUUCCGGGUCCAGCCCCGGGCCCAGACACGCUUAGGAAGUGCCCAGUUGAUAGCUGCUGCAUGGCCAGGGGCACACUGGGAUCUCACCAAGUCGCCUACACCCCAGUCGGGCACCCUGAACCGUGUGGCCAACCCCCGCAAGCUGACUGUGACUGCAGGGUCACGGGACCAGGACAGCAGUUUCCUCCAGACCUCCACGGUGGCCUCCACGGCCAGCCCGAGUUGGGCGGGCCGCCCCAGAGGGGAUGGGCGGCAGGUGGUGAGCGCCGGCUCCCUCUCCCCUCCCGGGCCGGAGGAGGCCAAGAGGAAGCCGCGAAUCCUGCAGCGCGAGUUGCAGAACGUGCAGGUGAACCAGAAAGUGGGCCUGUUCGAGGCGCACAUCCAGGCGCAGAGCUCCGCCGCUCAAGCGCCCCGCAGCCCGCGUUUGGGCAGGGCUCGCUCGCCCUCGCCGUGCCCCUUCCGCAGCAGCAGCCAGCCCCCGGGAAGGGUGCCGGCUCAGAGCGAGGAACGGAGGACAAAGUCGUUGGGGGAGCAAUGUCCAGAGACAGCGGAGGCCGGCUCCGGCCGGAGAGGAAGGGCGCCGGGCCAGUGCCUCUCCGAGGGCGAGGAGGGGGUGGUGCCCUUCCCCGGCCCGGCCGUCCCCCCAGGAUCAGGGGCUCAGGGCCCAGCGGCUUCUGCGGUGGAGAAGGGGAUCCCUGCCAGACCCCACUGUGGCUCACCCAGAGCUAUGCAAACUGACCAGAGGGUCUCUCCGCCUUUGGGAGCGCGCAGCAGCCAAGUUCCCCCGGCGGGGCUGAUCCGCGUGAACGUGGUGACGUCCACAGAAGUGGCAGUGAGAACCACAUCCAGUGGGCCCCACCAGCCACACGACCCUGGCCUCACUGAGCCGGCUGAGAGGCCCCGCGAGCUUGGGGGUGUGCGCCCCCGGGGGUCUCUGGCCCAAUGUCUCGGGCAGCCUCUGAGCGGAGAGAAGAGCCCAGCCCCAGAGAGGGGUGGGCCCUGCAGCCCAGAGCCCCCUGGGAAGGUGGAGGACGGAGAUCUGCCCGGUGGCGGCGUGCGGGGCCCCGGGGCGCCUGAACCCCGAAGGCCGGAGGACAGGACUGUGAACGCGCAAAGCUCGGAGCUUUCUGAAUCCCGGAGCCGGGUCAAGCCAUCUCCAGACCUGGGUUCAGUAGGCCCUGCGGCGGCCCAGGGUGGGGCCCCGGUGGUCGGGGAGCCUCGGUGGCGCUCCAGCGGAGUGGAUGAAGGGUCUCUGACACCCGGCCUGCUUGGGGGCAGCCGCUCAGCCCAGCCAGCGACCCGGGAGGAGGAGGCAGGAAUUCCCUGUGGCGCGAUGCUGGAGCCUUUGCCCUGCUGGACAUCCGCGAAAGAUCUGAAGAAACCUCAGUGCCUUCCUGGAGACAGGGUGGGUGUGCAGCCUGGGAGCUCCAGGGCUUGGCUGGGCCCCAUGGAGGAAGCCCGGGCCUGGACGUGUGGCACAGGAAUACAGCCACAGGGGACUUGGGGAAGCCAGCCGCCUGAUGGAGACGCCCAUCCCAGCCCAGAGCUGCUGUCCCCGGAUCCGAAGGACAAGCCCUCCCCGAGAGAGGCCCGCAGCCCCAGCAAUAUACCUGCCGUCAUCAUUACCGACAUGGGUGCCCAGGAGGACCAGACCGUGGAGGAGGUGCAGGGAAGUCCCCGGGGCACCUUGCCCCUGAGGAAACUGUCCUCUUCGUCUGCCUCCUCCACUGGCUUCUCCUCUUCCUAUGAGGACUCGGAGGAGGACAUCUCCAGUGACCCUGAGCGCUGCCUGGACCCCAACUCUGCCUUCCUGCAUACCCUGGACCAGCAGAAGCCCAGAGUGGAGAUGCAAAGACCCAUGUCAGAUGCCACGGCGAAAGCAACUGGAAGGCGCAGCAAUGCAUACGGUGAACGUGGAAAUUUCGCUCGCUAG